AUGGCGCUGCUCUUCAAGUUGGAUUCUGUUCGCGGAGUCGAUUCUGGGGUUAGGGAUUUCAGGAAGGCUGUGAUUAAGAAGGCGAUUGCGUUGCAGGAGGGAAUCGACGACAUUGCUUCUGGCAAUCAAGCCCCAAGCAAUGUUGUAGACGAGGAUCAAUCUAACGACCAAACCCUAGAAAUCAAAGAUUCGGCUGAGAAUCAAACCCUAGAAAUUGAAGGUAGUGUUUUAAUUGAUGAUGAUCAGGCAUUGGAAUUCGAGCAAUCUGAAGCACCAGAUGCCAAAGAGGCACAUGAUUCUGUUAAAGUUGAGGCAAUUGCGGGAACUAAAGAUGAAAUCUGUGAGAAGAUGGAUAUUACUGAGGUUGGAAUAGAAUCUGAAGUGAAUGGGGAUGAAGAUGGUUGUGUUGUGAAGCAAAUUGAUGAGGAUGAAAAUCCAACCCUGGCAUUGAGUGAUUGUGCAGAAGAGAGUGUGGAGACAAGCCCAACACUGUCCUCUCUGAAUCGUCAGAGAAGUUUUGCUGAUGUAAUGAACGAACUUGGAGCUGAGCAGGCGCAAGAGAACUUGAAAGGUUGCGUGGAUUCUGGAGAUAAAGGAGAUUAUAACAAGCAACUUCUGGAGAGGGUGAUGGAGGACAAUGAGAAAAUGAUGAGUCUUAUGAGGCAGCUUGUCGAGAGAAACGACACGCAAACUCGAAUGCUGAGCUCGCUGGUGCAGAGGGUUGAGCAUCUGGAGAGGGCUUUCAUUUGUGACAAGCUGAGAAAGAAGAAGAAGAAGAAGAAGACGAGGCAUGUCACUGGAACAGUCGAUGGAUUGGACUGA